AUGGCUUUAGUGCACCUCUUUUCCAAUUCAAUCUUCCUUUACAAAAAAUCUUAUGCCAAAAGUAGAGGGUUUAACAUUUGCAAGACAUUAUAUUCAUCACAAUCCCCAUCAAAAGCCAUCACAACCGCUCAAUCCCUGGUUAGACGAUCAGCAAACUAUAAAGUAUCUUUAUGGCCAUUUGAUCAUAUUGAGUCACUCUCUACCAAAUACAAAGGAAAUGAUUAUACGUCAAGAGCAGAUACUUUGAUAGAUGCAGUGAAGUCCAUGAUAUGGAAAGUGAGCCAUUCAUUGAGUACCCUUGAACUCAUUGACGAUUUGCAUAGACUUGGAAUAGCAUAUCAUUUUGUGGAUGACAUAAGUCAUCUCUUGGAUAUGAUUUACCAUAAUUACUACCAAACUCAAGACAAGUGGAAUAGAAUGGAUCUAAACCUUAAAGCCCUUGGUUUUAGAUUGAUGAGACAACAUGGUUAUCAUAUUCCUCAAGACAUAUUUCGCAACAUCAACGACACAACUCGAAAUCUUAAGCGGCACUUAUACAAUGAUAUGAUGUGCAUGCUGAACUUGUACGAGGCUUCCUAUCAUUCCUUUGAGAAUGAAGGCAUAUUGGACGACGUUAGUGACUUCACAACUAAAUAUCUCAAAGAAAAUAUAGAGCAAAUUAAUGAAAAUUUAUUAUCAAUGGUAACUCACACUUUGGAGCUACCACUGCACUGGAGAGUACCGAGGGUAGAGGCAAAAUGGUUUAUCAUAGAAUAUGAGAAUAGAAAUGGCAUGAAUCUGUCCCUUUUGGAGCUUGAAAAAUUAGAUUUUAAUAUUGUCAAAUCUAUGCACCUUGAAGAUCUAGAGCAUUCUUCAAGAUGUUGGAGAAAUACAAGUUGGGAAAAGAAUUUAAGUUUUGGCUGAGAUUGAUUGGUGGAGAAAUUCCUUUGGACGGUUGGUGUCAAUUACCUACCUCACUUUAAUGUAGCAAGGAAAACACUGUUGAAGGUUAACGCCAUAAUAAGUACUAUUGACGAUAUCUAUGAUGUGUAUGGUACUUUGGAUGAACUUGAACAGUUUACACUACAAGAAUAA